GAGUUUGUGACGUCAGAAUAAUCACUGUAAACGUUUUGUUUGGCUGCUGAGUGAUCGUGAGUGAACAAAAUCUCCGAUUAUUGCUUUGGUCGACAGUGAAGGAAAAUCUUUGUUUUUAGGAAAUUCUACAGAAGUAUUUUACGAUUGAACUGUGCCCUGUGUGAGCAAACACUGCUGGUUGGCCUGGUCUCCGCCUACAAGCAACCUGCACGCAGAUAUCAAGCCCGGUAUCAGCGAAGAUUUGAGCUAGGGAUCAGAGUAUGUCUAGUGUAGAGGAGGAGAAGAAGGAUACUGCCUGUCUGAUUGAGAGAAUGGCAGAAGCAUUGGAACAGCAGGCAGAGGCCGAGUUAGGCCAGAAAGAGGCAAAAGUACCCCCUAUGCCAUGGUGCGGAGUGGACAUCGGUGGUACCUUGGUGAAACUUGUUUACUUUGAACCAACCGACAUAGAAAACUCAAACACCCCGACUGAUGCAAGCGUAGAACCAGGAACCCUAGAUAAAAUCCAGCGCUACCUGACGUCGACGGUGGCUUACGGAGAGACCGGUGUACGGGAUGCCCAUUUGCAGAUUGAGAAUGUACCAGUGCUAGGCCAUCAUGGAACGAUACAUUUUAUACGUUUCCCAACGUACAACAUGUCCCAGUUUUUGGACCUUGUUAAAGACAAGAAUCUUUCUAGUGUGUCAAACACUCUACAUGCAACAGGGGGUGGGGCUUAUAAAUUUGAAAGAGAUAUCUUAGAGACUGUCAAUAUGCAACUAAUGAAAGCUGAUGAAUUCAAUUGCCUAAUACGAGGGAUUCACUUCAUUGACCGAUUACUACCCAAUGAAUGCUACUACUGGAACCAUCCUGAUCCCUUAGACAAUGAGGCCAGUGAGAAGGUCCCUUAUGACUUUAAGAACCCGUACCCAUAUCUCGUGGUCAAUGUUGGGUCAGGGGUCAGCAUGCUGGCCGUCCGUUCGCAUAACGACUUUGAGAGAGUCACGGGAACAAGUCUUGGUGGAGGUACUUUCCUAGGUCUAUGUUGCUUACUAACGGGUUGUGAAUCCUUUGAAGAGGCUCUUGAUAUGGCCGCUAAAGGAGAUAACACUAAAGCAGACAAACUAGUUAGAGACAUCUAUGGAGGUGAUUAUGAAAGAUUUGGUCUUCCUGGAUCCACAAUCGCCAGCAGUUUUGGUAAUAUGCAUAUCAAAGAGAAGAGGGAGGAUGCAUGCAAGUGUGACUUGGCAAGAGCUACUCUAGUAACUAUUACUAAUAAUAUUGGGUCUAUAGCAAUGAUGGCAGCCAUGAGAGAGGGUAUAGAACGGAUAGUGUUUGCUGGAAACUUCCUUCGGACCAACUCAAUUGCACAGAAAAUGUUAGCCUAUGCCAUGGAAUAUUGGACCAAAGGAACAAAGAAGGCUCUUUUCUUGCAACACGAGGGCUAUUUUGGUGCUGUUGGUGCUUUCUUAGAGAAUGUUGGCUACACAGACGAUAGGAGUCCUAGUCCUGACAUGGAACGUAAGCAGACCAAGACCCCCGUUAUCUCAGAAUCAUCCAGCAAGGAGCAGCUAGCCAAUGGCAGUGCAGAGAACCAUAUAGAAACAAGCACAGCAGAAGAUGUCUCUCUUUGACCUUUGACCCUGUGACCUCAGAUCAGUGACCUUUAUGUAAUUCCAGCAUGAAAUCAGGGAUUUUUAGCGCCUGAGCUGAUGUUUGUGUCCGUGUUCGCAAGGUGCCAGUAGUGUUCAGUGAAGCUAAUUUAUGAUUUGAUUUCAGGAUGGAUAAAUGGAAGAUUUGGGUGUGGUGUUUCCAUGGUAACUGGUCUUGAGAUACUUCAGAUAGAUUGGGUGGAUAUAAAGUCAUGUGAAGGAUGGAAAUAUGAAAAUAGUUGGCAAGUGAAUGUAAAAGAAAUUAUUAUUCAAAAAGAAAAUUUUAUAGUUUGUGUACUGGCCUCAAUAGAGGUACAGCAUAUAAAAUAUUGCCCAAAUUUUAUCAUAUUGCCUAAGAUGCUGCUGAGGUUGACAUGAAUCUAAUGAGAGCAAUAUAAUACAGUCACAACUCGUUCAUAGCAAGUUAGUAUUAUUUUCAUGUCAAUAUCAAAAAAUCUUGGACAAAUUAAUAUCAAAAAAGAAAAUGUAACAAAAUUCACACACAUAUAAUUGAUAUUUCAAUGAUUGCCUGUUGUAAUAAUACAAUUUUUAUUGUGUUUCUGCAUCAUUAGCCAAGCUGAAUUGUUGCAUAAUAAUAUUUAAAGAAUAUGAAUUUUUAAAAAGAUGUAGUCAAAGACUUGAAAAUAAGAUGAAUUAAAGAUUAAUAUUGAAAUAAUUAUCAACUCACAGCAAGGUGGUUAUUGUAAAUUCAAUUUUAGUGAGUAAAAUUAUUUAUAUUUCAUCUUUGAAGAUGAUGGUAUCAUUGAAUGUCAUUUGAUGAACCAUUAUUAUUGUACUUCACAGCAGAGUGCAAUGUUAGGUUUACAAAUUCCCAAUUUUAAGAAUCCUUUUCUUGGUUAUGAGGAUGACAAAAUCAUCGAAAUAAUUUUAUCAGCUUGUCCUUGAGCUUUAGUUAUUGUCUUGUCAUGUGGACAAGGUUGUGUGGCCUAGUGGUUAUAGCAUAGGACUCAUAAUCGCAAGGUUGUGAGUUCGAAUCCCCACUCUGCCGUUGUCUCCACUUUGAUAAGAAGACCUGAGGGUAACUCAUCUAUAAGAUCAGCCACUAUGCCUGAUUAACUAAGAUGUAAAAUGUUUCCUAUGUAAUUGGUAAUACACCAGCUUGGCAUUUACCGGCAAAAAGCUGUCCUGCCGAGUUCCUACGGGAGUUAACAUAUAGAACUAGAUUCUUUGAAUGUGUUUGACUUAACAGUUAUGAUGUGGAGGAUGUAAAUGUAAAAUAAGAAGAAGACUUUUACCAACAGAUUGCCCUAAUGUUAAAUAUAUUUAAAAAAAAUCAAAUUCAAAUUUUCAUAAAGAAUACCAGGAUGAAAAAAAAUCAACAGCCACUUUGCUUUUGUAAGAUCAGAAAGUGAAUACUUGAGUGAUGAUAACAUUGAAUCUUGACCAAAGAUUUCUGGGCUUCAGAAGAAAUUGUUCCUCUUCCAUCCAAAGUAAAAAGAAAAAUACUGUGAUCUACUCUAGCUAUAAAGUGCUUAUUUUCAAACGGUUGAGAUUUGCUUUUGGUAAAUUUAGUUGUAAUCCAUUACAUGUAUCUAGUCAUUGUUCUGUUCCUUACAUUUGUACAACAGUAUAAAACUAAAUGUUUUAAUGACAGAAACACCUUUUCCAAGUAUUCUAUUCAUAGAUAUUUGUGCAAAUUGCAAUCAAAUUUAUUUUCUGUGGUGAAUUUGAAAGUAGGAAGUAGGUCCAAUUCAUAUUGCAAACUAAUUCUUUGUACAUUGCUCAGAAAUCAUUCAGUCUCUAUAUGAUAUAGUAUCCUGUAGCUUGAAUGACCUGGACAUUCCAACAUGUUACAUGUAAGUAUAUUUUUGAAGCAAUAUUCCCACUGAAUCAUCAUUCAUGUUGGAAGGAAUUUUUAGACAUAAAGACAUUGACACUAUCAGUGAUUGGCUUGCAUGCUCAUUUUUUAUUUCUUACUCUAAAUGCUGCUAUAUGUGAAUGUCACCAUCCAUUCAGUGUGUUAAGAAUUAAGAUUUUGCUUAGAAGUUGUACUUACUGACUAAUGCAACAGAGUCCACGAUGAUAAUGUCCAAGCUUAAGUGGGUAAAGCCUUAAACACAUGAUGUUUUGGAUUGUACAUGGUAUCUUUCAUCCAAAAUCUUUGGAAUAGUCUGAAUUUGAAACGGACUAUAUACAUGUAUAUAAAUGUAGUCACUUGCUCAAAUCAUGAAAGAACUGCCAAUUUGUGUAGACUUCUGGUGUUAAGGCCCUACUCCAAUCACUUCCUGUCUAUUACAUGUAUUUAUGGUUGUUUUAAAGAUUGAGCUAAUGGACUGAUUGUGGAGUCAUAACAUAUAGGACCAAGUCCGUUGUACUGCCUUGUUAUCCCAACCCCCUUCCUUUGAGAUAUCCUGUCUUGUGAUAAUCUUUAUUAACGAUUAUUUUAUAAAAACAUAGGCCUUUCAUUCUGUUGAAUGGUUCUAUGAGUGUCUGUCAUUGUAUUCUCGAGGAGGCGCGAUAGCUCAGUCGGUAGAGCGGGGGACUCGUAUUCCGGUGACCCGGGUUCGAUUCUCACUUGGUGCGCUAGUGCCCUUUGGUAAGGCAUUAAUCCUCAGUACCAGGUCCUUCGGAGAGGACCUUAAGCCGUCGGUCCUCUGGUUGCUUGCUUACAAGCAUUCAUGCUUUCUUAGCAAUCAGGUAAAAAAUCACCACCAAUAUAAAUGAACUAAAUAUAGUAUAUAAUAUAUUAAUAGAAGUUGAGCCCAGCUACUUACUGACAGCUGGCCUGAUCUGCAACAUUUGAGGAGAUGCAUUGUUUAUUUCUAUAAAAUUCCUUUCACAAAAGGUACAUCCCACAUUUCUAAGUGAAUUCUCCCAUAUUGGUGUCAAUGAAAGUAUUUUUAUGCAUUGUUGAUGCUUUUUUGUUUCAUUGUCAUAAUUAAAAAUGAUUUUGAUUUCUUCUUUCAAAUGUGCAGAAAUAUAUUGAUGCAUUUUAGAAUGUUCUUGCAGGGACUUAAUUAUUUCCUUCUAAAGGCCUAGUUUUGCACACUUUACUCUUAAUUUACCUAUUUGAUCCGUCACUGUGAUGGGAAUCUAGGUGAAAGUUUAUAUUCUUUCAGCUCUGAAGUUUUAAGAAAUGUUUAUAAUGAAAGCAUAUAUGUUUAUUAAUCAUUAAAUGAUAUCUACCAUCAUUAUGAUGUAUAUGAAUGAUAAUCUAAAUUAUUUAAAUUUAUGUUUAAGUUUCAGCAGUACAUAUACAGAGUUUUAACUCUUAUUUUUGUUUUAUACAUUCAUGUAUCUAUAUACAGUAUAUAGUUGUUGUUGAUUUGUAUACUAUGUUUUAUAUAUUGACACAUUUUAAUUUUAAUAGUGUUUAACAGGGUUUAAGGUCAUUUAGUUUUCCUCAAUUUCAUUUGAUUUACAUCAAUCUAAAAUGAUUUUUUUUAUUCAAUCCAGUCCCUGAUGUUCUGAGAUAACUUGCCCAGGUUGAAAGGGUUGAUAAUAUACUUCUAUACAAUCCUCAGAAAAUCAGGAAAACCAUUACUGACUUUAUGUUGAAUCCAGUUUUGUAAAUAUAAAAUUACUUAAAGAAUUAAUUCAAAUAGCCCAAAGGCUUUCAAAAUUGUCUUAUUGAGAGAUUGUGUUCUGUUCCAUAAUGCAAAUACUUCUUGUGGCUGCUACAUAUCAGAACAUGCACUGCAUACAUCAUUAACAUAAUAUGGGAGAGCAUGGAAUCUUUCAAAGUUUUUGUUGAGAACAACUUUUAGAAAUUAUUUUUCAAGUACUAUCUUGCCAAGUGUGUGAGUUAUUUUCUUGAAGUCUGGUAGCUAGCUCUUGAUUCCCUUUCUUAAUUCAUAUUUUCAAACCAUGGCAAGUGCACCAAAACACACACAAAACUAGACUUUAUUAUUAUUAUUAUCAUACAAGUAGUCAUAUGUAUGGGCAUUUCCACAGUGGGAGUCCAUUGGUUGGAUUAUCUAUUGAGAUAGCACCAAACUAAUGGUAUUACUUGUGUGAUUCUGACCAAGGCUCCAUUAUGGAUCUUUAUUGAAACUCUUCAAACAUCACUUGCAAACCAAAUACUCUGUCUUGUGCCUACUGCUACCCAUUGUACUGGGUUCUUGUCAUGAUAAUAUUUCUACAACAAAUUUGCAAUCAGCCAGUUAAAUUGAUGGAUUUCAGUAGCUUUUAACUGUUAUUGCAAAUUUGUCAUAUUACAAGUUUUAUGAAAUGGGCCCCUGAUGUUGAUCCCAGAAUUAAAAAAAAAGGCAUUUACAUGUAUUGUAGUAGUUUCCAAUUGUCAUGGCUGUGUUCAGUCUUUGUGAAGUGUGUGGAUACAAGUAAUCAUAUUUCUUUCAUCAUGAUUGAUUGAAGUUCAUCAGAAAGGGCGUCAAUUCUAUUUUCUCAUGGUUAUGAUAGAAAAUCCAGGUUGUUGCUCCUACUGAGUAAUAAACUGUUGUUAAUAUUCUUUUAUCAAGAUGAAAUUCUUUGUUGAAUUAAAAUCUCCAGACAUUGCACAAAGAUGAGUAUUGAAUUUGGUGAUGUUAUGAAAACAGCCAAUUGACAAGUACAAAAUGUUAUUAAAGCAAUAUGUGUUACAAACGUACAAUAAUACACUAUUAUGAUCAUUUGUAAAUGAUAAUGAAAUUCUUCCAGAUGUUUGUUUAAAGGAGAACUUCACCCUAAAUUAAUGCUGGUUUUUCUAAAUGUUGAAAAAUAAGAGAAAAUGAAGGUUAAUAAGAAUCCAUCAAAGAAUAAUGAGUUUAUCCCUACAUGUGUAUGUUUAUAAUUUUGUAAGGUCACAUGUAACAAGUUCCAAAAUAUGUUAUUUGAUACUCUAUAAUAUUCUAGCUUCAGAAAAAGUUUUACCACUUUACACAAUGAACGUAGAAGGCUUAAUCACUUUUCAGGAACAUUGCUGGUGUUGCUGCCCUCUAAAUUCAUUGAUCUUUUGUGUGCAUUCAGUGUCAUUAAACCAAGGGUGGAAAUCUCUCCCCAAAGGUAGGGGUGACCAGGGGCCGGAAAAUUUGACAAGCAAAAAAAAAAGGAAUAAAAAAAAGGUUAUCACCCCAAAUGUAAGGUAAUUUCGACCAAAAGAAAUUUACAAGCAAAAAAAAAAAGCAA